AUUUGAAUAUGGUGUAGUAGUAGGAGGAGGAGUAUCCAGCAGCAUCUCCCCUCCCUUUCUGUCCAGCAGGAAGUUUAACUUCUUCAGUUGGGAGUUGUUGAGACGGUGCGGGCGGUUAAACCGUAGGAUUGAACCAACAACCAGCCUGUAGAGAAUGACUUGAACAACGGAUGGCAGGACAGUUUCCUCCCGGUCUCGAAGCUUUAUCGGAUUAGCUAAUAUGCAAGAAGACUCAAAAUACUCAGACGGGAACCGGUAUUUUACACCAGCUCCGAGUUAGUCAACUGUUGAGUUGUGUUCGUAAAGGCAUUAUGGCAAACGUUAAAGUUGCCAUUCGAGUCCGUCCUCUCACCGCAAGGGAGAGUGCGGAUGGGGGAAGGCUAGCAGUUCAGGUGGAGGACAAGCUUGUGAGCAUAAAAAAUGUAAAGCUGGAUGGACGUACAGACGGUGCUGUAGAUUCGAGGGAGAAGCUUCUGGAGUAUUGUUUUGACUACUGCUACUGGUCGGUGGACCCUGCAGAGCCUCACUAUGCCUCGCAGGAGGAGGUGUUCCAGGACCUGGGUGUGUCGGUGCUGUCCGGAGCCUCAGAGGGCUACAAUGUGUGUCUAUUUGCUUAUGGCCAAACAGGAUCUGGAAAGACGUACACCAUGAUGGGGACACCGGACUCCAUUGGCUUGACUCCUCGGAUCUGUCAGGGUCUCUUUAGGUCUGAAGACACUUUUUCUGAUGGGCAAAACUCAAGCAGAGUGGAGAUCAGCUUCCUGGAGAUCUACAACGAGCGUGUGCGAGACCUGCUGAGAGGAGGAGAGCAGAAGAAAAGAGCCUCCCUGAGAGUUAGAGAACACCCGGAGAAAGGACCCUAUGUACAAGACCUGUCGCAGCACGUGGUCUCAGACUGCAAGCAUGCCAUGGAUCUUUUGGAGGAAGGCAUCGCCAACCGUAUCACCGCAGCAACCCACAACCACGAUGCCAGCAGCAGAUCCCACGCCAUCUUCACCAUCCAGUACACACAGGCAAUCCUAGAAAAAAACCUUCCUUCAGAAACUGUCAGCAAGAUUAACCUGGUGGACUUGGCUGGGAGUGAGCGAGCAGACCCCCACUACUGCAGGGAUAGACUGACAGAGGGCUCUAACAUCAACAAGUCACUGGUCACUUUGGGCAUCGUCAUAUCUGCUCUUGCCCAGAACUCCCAGAUGUCCAGCAGCUGUCAGAGUAUCAACAGCAUGGCAUCUGAGGGCGAUGGCAGCACGGUGGGAAGCCACAGCAGCUCCCUGUCUGGAGGAGGUGGGAGGAGGCACUGCUUCAUCCCCUACAGAGACUCGGUCCUAACCUGGCUGCUGAAAGACAGCCUGGGUGGCAACUCCAAGACCAUCAUGAUUGCAACGGUCUCGCCCUCCGCUAGCAGUUACAACGAGACCCUCAGCACCCUGCGCUAUGCAGCCCAUGCCAGAAAUAUUGUCAACAAGCCUCGUGUUAAUGAGGAUGCCAAUGUACGCCUGAUCAGGGAACUGAGAGAGGAGAUUGACAGGUUGAAGAGCAUGCUGCUCAGCUUUGAAAUGCGGCGUAAUCCCAGUCCAUCCCUUAGCGAUGAGAGGGAUGGAAAUCUUUCUGACAUCGUGCUACAAAACGAACUAAAGGUGGAGCAGCUGACGAAGGACUGGUCGGAGAGCUGGAGAGACAAGAAGGAGCUGCUGGAGCAGUACAGCGUGGACAUCAACCGAGACCGGGCCGGAUUCCUCAUCAACUCCUUCCAACCACACCUGGUUACUCUGGAUGGAGAUGUUCUUAGCACCGGGGUCGUCUUCUAUCACCUCAGGGAAGGAGUCACCCGCAUAGGACCUCAGGAUCAGUUUGAAGAACCACAGAUAGUUCUGCAGGGCAGUGCCAGCUGUGAGAUUGAAAACCACGGAGGUGUGGUUACACUCACACCGCUGCCGGGCUCUGUCUGCCUGCUCAACGACAGAGAAGUCACUGAGGCCUGCAGACUGGCUCAAGGGAUGGUGAUCACCUUGGGAGGAGUGCACAAGUUCCGCUUCAACCACCCAGCAGAGGCAGCCGUCCUCCGGGAACGCAGACGGGCCAGUGAAGGUGGCAUGACCUGCACCUACAUUGAUCUUUGCCCCUUGACCCCUGACCACAGUGUUGAAGAAGUGAAGCUCCAAAGCCAGCUGGGUGCCUGUCUCUCCCCCAGCGAGGAGCCUACUGCUAGGCAGCGUAUGGAGGAGCAGCAGCACUACGUGGAGAGUUUGCGACAGGAGAUUCAGGCUGAACAAAAGAGGGCUGAGAGAGAGCUGGAGAGGGAGCAGGCCCACCUUCGACAGCAGCACAGUGAGAUCCAGCAGUGGAUUUUGCAGGAGAAACGGCGCCUAACAACUGUAGAGCUGAGAAUCACCCAAGAGUCUGGAGUUCAGACAGACCUUAUCCCCGUACGCCUCCUGGAGCGAGGGGCAAGUCAGGCGUCUGAGGACCAGGAAGGUCAGACAGUGGACCAUCCGUCCCAGGUGGUAAGGGCCAGGAAGAAAGCGGUGCAGGAGGAGCUACUAAAGCAUCACGCCCUUUGCCGUUCCGAGAGCCGCAUCCGUCGGAAAAAGUUGCACUACCAGCUGGAAAGAAUCGCCCGCAAGCGACAUCUGUUGGAAGCUAAGAGAGAAUUGCAGCGGCUGGAAAGGGCCCUGCCUCCAGGACCAGGCAGCCCAGAGUCUCCUGAGCUGGGGUCCCCCACAAAGCUCAGGGGAAGACCAUUUGUUUCUCGUAGACACUCAUUCUCAGCAGAUCUUCUGUCCCGGCUCUACCCACAGAACACUCCUAUCUUCAGACACUUCCUUAAGAGAAACAGAUCCACAGAACUGACGUCAAAUUCCUCCACAACUUCUGAUUCCAUUCGCAGCAGGGAGUGGGUUUCGGAUGAGUGUCUUCCACGGGAAAGAACCCAAAGUUGUUCUGGUACGUUUUUCUCAGGACAAAGUCAAGCGUGCCGAAGUAGAGUAAGCUCUUCUGAAAAUAUCAGACAAGCUGCCAAAGAGGAGCACCAAGCUCAGCCUUGCCGGGAACGACCAGAAAGAAAACCUCUGCUGCCAAACCGAGACCUGUCUUUCAAGAACAGAUCGGAUCAGAACUCAGUUACUCUGAAGUCACCACUUGGAACUAUUUUGCAGCCAGUCAGCAAUAAAAAUAUACAAGAACCCACAGCACGCAAAACCAGUUCUCAGAUUGUCCCAGACAGACCAGAAACAACAGAGAAGACUUCCUCUCGUUCUGUUGGGCCCAGGUUAAAAACAGCCCUGUCCAAAGUGUUCAGGAAACCACCAUCAGGUGUGAAUGGAGGCCGAGGUCCCAAACCUCUGGGGAGAAUAGCAAGCAAAUUUUACUGGAGACAAAGAAGAGACAGGAGCCUUAAAGAUACCAAAAUUAGCCGAAGCAAAUGUGCUGUUAAAACAGCGGUCUCGUGUGAAGAGCUUGACCAAAGGGCUCUGCCUGAGGACAUUAAACAAAGGCGGUGGCAUAGCACAGAGGCUCUGAUGAACAAGACCAGCACAUGGUUCGAGAGACAGCAGGGAUUGAUGGGAUGGGAGGAAGAGCAAGAAGACCGAGAUGAAGGAACGUCAGACUGUGAGAGCCUUUUCUCUCUUGAUUCGCUGUCCUCUGCUUAUGUGACAGCCCUAGCAGAGCAGCUGAGACACGAGGAAGCAGCUCAGAGUGAAGCAGAGAGCGAAGACAGUCAGAUGUCUAAGGAUUCGUUGGCUGUGGAGAGCAGUGGGAAAUACUCAACAGUGGAAAAACUUAGACAAACAGUGGUGCCAACUUACUCAUUGGUGACAGAUUGCUCCCAUUCAUCCAUGCAGCACAAUAGAACAGCAGAGAUCAGUUUAGACCGCGACAGCGCUCAGAAACCUCCGGCGAUCCCAGCAGAGGCGUAUUGGAGCCAGCAAAACUCUCCAAAAUCAAGACACAGUGGUGCAACAAGGAAGCCUCUUUCCCACAACUCAUUUGUAGCAGAUUCCAGAGGCAGAGACACUGUACACAAAAUGAUUGAGGACUUUGGGAACAUGCAGACCACUUCGACCAUCAGCCCACGCUCCCUGAGCAGCUGCAGCGUGAGGGAGCCAGAAAACAUGCUGGCACUCACCGAUGCCUGGUCCUCCACUGACGCAGCAGAUAGUCCCAGGAUUUACAGAGAUUCUCUGCCUUUCCAAAGAAAAAUGAUGUUCAAAGGUAUAGAGAGCAGCAGCAGCAGAAGCAGCAGCAGUCCCAGUCCAACCAGUAUGAACCUCUCAGAUUCUCAGAGCGGAUCUAGAAGCUAUAGCUCAACAUCCACCAGCACCGAGGGUGCAAAUGUAACCGUGCAGGAUCAACCCAGUGUUGAAAAUUCCAGGGGCACAUCAGACACAUUAGAUUUUCAAGACUCUCAGUUUCUAACAACGCCAGAUGAAGCCCUGAAGGAAGUAGGAUGUUGUAUAGAACAAUCAGACGGACAAGUAGAAAAUAAGGGGAAGGCAGCUAUAGAUACUCCAGACUACAGCAGCAUCAAAAGCCCAGCAUCCUUACCAACCUUACAUCAAACCACUCGUGUGUCACCCACUGACAUCCACUACACUAAACAACAGGAACUACAGGUACAAUUGCUUCAGGUGUUCACAGAUGAACCUGACAUGGUGACCGUUGACACUACGAUGUCCUCUGACACUGAAAUGUGUAUGUCAGGUUGUCAGUCAGUAAUGCAUUUCUCUACAAGUCCUACUAACCAAGGCCCAGUAUUGAACAAGAUGUCUGACCGUGCAAGUGCCUUCAGACUGUCAACCGAAGAUGAAGCACUAUGCAGUCUAGAUGGUGCAACAGAAAAGUUGAAAAAUAGUCAACAAUAUGAGCUUGGAAACACCAACUAUGGAUCUAGGGACGAAAUGUUGGAUGAUGCUGAAACCAAAGGCACUGAGCAGUACAUUGCACUACAGCAGGAGCUUGUUAAAUCAGCUUGUAAAAAUUCCAGGAAGAGGAACAAAGACCAACAGGAUGCUUUCAUGUGCAGCCUGAAAAUUCCAAAAAGGAGCAACAGCAGAGAGUUGGUAACUUUCUGCUCUGCACCAGCUGGCAGCCAGGAUUAUAUUUGGCCUGAUGACAAUAAUAACACAAAAGGCGAACAGUCUGCCGUGGAAGCUGACAGCCCCAGAUUUGAUUCUGUUUGUGUUAAUGGCAGCGUUAGACAGGACAAAGUGGCUUCAGAGGCGUCGCCAGUUUCUGAUCCCAUGAGCAGGAAACUUGGAAGGAUCUUUGAGGACUCUGAAUGUGGUGACAAUAGUCCUCAGAGUGGUACCUCUGCGGGAGAGAGGGAAGCAGUUGAAAAGGAAGAUGUAACAAUAAAGGAGGUAGCAGCAGAAACAAAAGCAGGGGAAUCACAAAUUGAUAACACCAGAAAACAUCAAGAAAAUAGAAAACACAUAUGCAAGUCAGAUGCUAUUUGUAGCGCCAUUGACCUGAGAAUCUCAGAGGUGGUCAAAGAGCACAUGAGACUGUCAUUGAUUGGCAGCGAUGAUGACAGGAAGAGCAGGAGUCAAAGCCUAAAUGCUUUGUCAUCAUCCGUGUGUCAUUUUGGCUGUAAUAGUGAUGAAAAUAGAGGGACAGAAAAAGAGCUGAGAGAUAAAAUGAGUGAUCAGAUAAAGGAAGGAGCAAUCCUUGAAGGACACCUUUCACUAGAAAGGUUGAUAAGUGAAAACCCAGGGGACAACAGUGAGCACCUGGCAUCAGAUCCGCCAGCUCAGUUGAGGACUAACCUUGAGAGCAACAUGCUUUCAUCUACUGAAGUAACACAGAAGAUUGACCAGGCUCAGAACUUCUCUGAUGUGACACCAAACAAGCUAGUAAUUGACCAUUGCGUUUUCCAAAACCCGUCUGCCAAAAACAUUCAAUCAAAUCUGACACCCAAAAGCCACGGAGAGUCGGAGAACUCUGGCAACCCCACUUUGCAACCAAAUAGGCCUGGUUUGUCCUCAAUGAGUGGUUCCUCCAAUAAUUCUCAAGGAACUGCUGUGAAGAAAGAUGCUUUGUGUCAAGAAGUGAAUGAUUCAGCUAAACAAAAAGUAACAUCUCAUCUUAAUCCCAUCAUUAAUGAUGCCUGCUUGAAUGAAGUGAACAUCCAGAGCUGUUUAGAUGCCCCUGCUGUGAACCCUGAACUUCACCAAAUACCCCAUAAAAAGCCUUCCACCAUGGGUGAUGUAAAAGAAAACUGUGGCUGUAAUCACGUAAAGGAUGUCAGUGUGGAAGCCGCAUUCAGUGUUGAUUAUAAAGGUUGUUACUCGUACAAACAGAACACUCCGAGGACGAUUCAACAUUUCCAAAAUAGUCCUGACACAUCUGGAGCCAUACAGUUAUUAUCUGAUGGAGGAAAUCUUCAAUUCAAACCACACGUACAUUACAGCAGCCAGAAGACACCCACUGAUGAGAAUAACUCUAUGAAAGGGUUUGCUGUUUCUCCUGGCCGUGACGGAAAUGGUGAAACAGUCAACACAAAAGGGUGUACACCUUGUGUCACAGCACAGGAUGAGUUCAGCUGUCCACAGAGUCAUUUAAAUGACUUGGCUCGGACUUGCGUGGUCAAUUUGAAUUACAACAGCAAAUGCCAAAAUGUAUCAAAUUCACUGUGCAAAUUUGAUCAGGAUACUCAUAUUGACAGCCGACAAGAUUGGGUAAUGAAAAAAGACAAAGAGACUUUCACCCCAAAGAUCUUCGCAGAGUCAAAAUAUGAAGCAAGGAUUUCUGGUUCUAUGCAGCCACAACACCAAAUACCACAGGGGAAUGCCGUCACAAAUACAAGUUGCUAUGGAUCUGUGGUGUCCAAACAGGUUGAGCUAAACACAGCUGGUGAUAAACCGGAUACUCAUGCUCUUAUGUCUAAAAAGGCCAAGUCUAAGAGGUUCAGAAAGUCUAAGAUCCAGACUCAUCCCCUGUCUUCAUAUGAGUCCUCUCUUAAGUCAUCAGAUGAGGAUGAGGAGGAUGACCUAACCACCAGAGUGCAUCACAGCCGGCUCUCCUCUAAAUGUGUAAAGCUUGGCGCUCAGAGUAAUGACAAACAAGAAGUCAGACAGGCUGCAGAUAUUUCUACCACAGUGUCAGCGAGCAGAUUUAAAAUGAAGACUUGUUUUGGUGGAACUCAGGAUAAAAGUGAAGUUAAAGUCAGUAGAGAUUACUCCCAAAAAAGACACUCUUUAUCCCCUCAAGCAUUGUCACAAAGGACAAAUGUAGAAAAAAACAUCCUGUAUGCAAAGAAAAGUGAACCACAGCAAGACUCCCAUAUGCAUUUUGCCUCCAGUGACAUCAACCCGUUUGUUCACCAGUGGCAAGGCAACGACUCAGACCAACACUGUUAUAAGAACCCAGCAUUCGGGAGUGCUGCUGACCUAUCCUGUAAAUCUCCACUUUUGAACAGCGCUGAGAAACGUAUAACAAGAUGCUGUAGCGUUGACAAUGGUUUGAACAGGCAGAACUCGCCUUUCAAUUCCCAUCUGAGCACUUAUGCCACCAACAAGGGGCUCUCCAGUACGCUUAGCAGUAUGGAGGAUUAUAAGGAACAAGGGAACAAAACAUCUCCUCUCCCGCCCUGUCAACAGGCGUCUGUUGAUAUUCACAAUCAUAUAGCCAAUCUGACAGUGAGCGGCAGUUCUUCAAGUAACAAUCAUCCUGGGGGUUUUGGUAACAACUCCAGUCAGGUGGAUGAAAUUAUGUUUGUGUACUCGUCUGAGCAAGAGUCUCAGGCAAGCAAAACACAGGCCCAAAGAAGGAGGACAUGUGAGCAUGGCACUCAAACAGUGUGUGGCCUUCAGACGGUAAAUAUUGGUAACAGCAGUAGUGCUCCAAAGAGGAGAGAGCGGCACAAAAGGAGUAACACUGAUGUACCUGUAACACAGAAAACCAAAGUAGACAUUAAAGAAUCUCCAACGUGGGCCAGUAUGGAAAGCAUGUCGGCUCACCUCUCGAAGCUUAUCGACAGCACCUCAGACCUGCUGGGGGACGUCCAGGAAAUGAGAACAGGCAAAGCCCUCAAGUCAAGUCUGAGGAGUGUCAACUUGUCAAAUAUGAGCGUGUCUUACAGUGAGUCUAGUGACUGCACGCGGAGAGACUGCUCAACUCAAACAGCCAUAGAUGUUGGGAUCCAAACAGAAAGGUCUCCAACACCAGCAGAGAAGAAAGUCGCUGCUCAUCACCCAGUGAGAGGUCCAAAACCUCAUGAAGUCAAUGUGAUAGUCAAAGUGAUUGGUUCUGAGGUUGUCAGUGUGUCCCAAGACAAGAAUGCGCACUGUGCAGUGAAGAGUACAGAUGAAAAGAUGCAGAGCAUGCCUGAGCUGAGCUUUAACACCUCUGCUGCAGCACAAAGGUCUAAUGGCCUUCUGAAAACACUUCCUUUAAAGACUGCAGGUGAAUGUCAAAGACGUGUAAGAUCCGCUUCUUCUAGAGGCUCAAAGCAAAGCACGCCCGAGGCACUGUGCCAAAAGAGUGUUGCAGUAUCUGAAGUCUCCCGCAGAUCAUCAAAAAGCGCCUACCAAGAAAAUCACAGUCCCUCUUUAAGAAAUGACCCAUCGCUUUCUUUAAAGAAACAAGCUACAUACACAGACCGUGCAUCAUCUCCCAUACUCACUGUGGGAAUAAGAUUGCAGAUGAAGCAGACAGUAAACCAGUCAACACUAAAUACACACCAUCAUUCUGAGAGAGACAGCCUUACUGUGUCUUCUAGCAAACACUUAGCUUGCACAGCUGUUUCAGAGGAUGAUCAAAUGCCCAGACUGGAUUGUGAUGUUUCCUCUUGUACAUCAGAAUCUGUAUCACUUGAGAAGGUGAGUGAAAUGAGUUGCUCAAGCCCUAAAGGCUCUGAUAAGUGCUCUAUAAAUUCAUCACUGGAUAGAUAUACAGACGCUGACAGGGGAAAUGUUACCUAUAAAGACUCCAAAUGGCAGAUGAGCUCUCAGCAGUGGCAGACUUCUGCUUCAACAAAAGGUUUAACUAUGCAGAACCACAUCUCUCCCAUAUUAAGACCGACUGAUGUGCACAAACAGCAGGCUAAAGCUAGACAUGGAAAAACAUCAAGACCUGCAGUUGAUUCUGGCGAUUUUUGCCUUGAUUCCUACAAUCCAUCCCCGGUCAGCAACAGAACUGUUCAACUCCAAGAGGACGAUGUGGUGUCGAUGGCACCCAGCGAGUGCAGCACAGACGUCCUCGUGAACAUUAAACCCAUCGCCAGUGUGUCCCAGUGUAAACACCACCAGAUUGACCCAGAAGACCUGCCCAUGCACAACAAGUUCACCAACUGGUCGGGCAUUAACCUUCAGCACUCAAAACACUCCAACAAAGUGGCCACAUUUCCUACCAAAGAACACGACAAGAGCAGAAACGUUGCCGAGUGGGGCGAGAUGGAGAGCUGCGACUCAAAUGUAGAGUUCACAGCCCAGAGCGGCAGAAGAACGAGAGAGAUAGAGAGGCUGCGGCAGGAGAGAGAGCAGGUGAUGGCGACGGUCAACCUCAGCAUGAACCCGACACCGCUGACUGUGGAGCUGACAGAGGCUAAGCUACACUACGGCCUCGGAGAGACGGAUACACUGUUAAAGAUGCUGUCCCCGAGGACCAGAGAAGAGCUGGAGCCACCGACCUCUGCAACUACCAAACAGCAGCUGUAUGAUAGACACCGCAGGAGUAUUGAGGGUUUAAGGCAGGACAGGGAGGAACGUCUCCAGACUUACCGGAGAGCUCGUAGUCUGAGUCCCAGCAAACAUCCCCGCUCCUCUCCACCAGAGGCUGGCUCCAAGGUGUCUGCCGCCAUGCCCAGUCGACGUAAAGAAUACCUACAACAGCUCCGCCAAGAGGUGAUAGACGGCUCCAGAAUAUCAGACCCCCCACGAGGGGAGGGCCAGUGUCCGUCUGACAUUGAGCAGCUGUUGCGCGACUACGGCCGAGCCAGGGAGGAGGCCAGGACUGAGAUUGCGAAAGCACGAGAACGACUGCGAGAAAGGACUGAGCAGGAGAAGAGGAGGCUACAGCAGCAGGCCCUGUCUCAGGAAGCCAAGGACGACCCGAGGCAUCGGACAAGAAUCAGUAACAGCACCUUGUGCACAGGAUCCAGCAUGAGCCUUUCCUCUGGACCAACGUCGGGGUACAACAGUGGCAACACUGCCCAGCUACAGCAUGGCAACAGGCCACUUCUGACUGGACAGAUCACAGGGUUCCACGACGAAGGGCUGAAGGUCAGGACACGUCCUCCUAUGUGCGGUCCACAAAGUGUGAAGUCACAGAGAGCCUGGCUGUCUGCCCAGGAUGUCCGCCUUGAGCCUCCUGUCACCGGGUUUGAGCCCCUGAUGACUUCAUCUCCAUCACCCCCAUCUUGUACACGUCACCGCAACGCCUCCUUUGGCUCCACCUCUUCCAUAUCCACAACCUAUCAGGAUAUCACAUCUAGUCUCCUCGGUCGAGCUCUGGCUGAGGUACGACUGGCUUCCUCUGGGGAUUUGAGCAACCUGCUAACGGGCAAGGCCACAGCAGGCUGGAGCUACCAGGGAGAAGAAGGAGGUAUCCAGGCUUACUACAAGCCCUCCUCCAGCCCAUCUGUCCAUGGUUUCCUUGGGGCCGGGGAGCUGGACAGACCCCUGGACAGUCUGUGGAACAUCAUCUGCCAGCUGUCCAAGAGCCACAUGUAUCAUCAGUCGCGCCGUUCUGUCUGGACACGACCGCUAGAUGACAGCACUCAGCUGGUUUAUAUACUAACAGAUCCGUCCACCUGCCACCUCAGCCAGCCGCGGGACUUCUGCUGCAUCAGCACCGAGUCCAAACAGGGUGGCUUGUCUGUGCUGGCAAUGCAGUCUGUGUUCGAGGAGUCUCUGCCUCGUCCCAGUGUGGACGCCGUCCGAGGGGAGAUGAUGCCCAGUUGCUGGAUCCUGCAGCCAAUUAGACGUGAUGGACAGGAAGCCACCAGGGUCAUCUACCUGCUACAGGUGGACCUAGGAACUCCAUCCUUUCCUCACCGACUGUUGAACACUGUUUCCAGAAGACAGGCAGCUGUCAUCGCUGAUCUGGACGCUUUCCUCGCUAAAUCCACAGGACUCACGAAGACGCAUUAGACUAAACUGUCUCCAGCAUGGAGUUAGUCUGCCUUUUAAAAUUGCACCUGAAAUGUAUUUACUUGAUUUGUUUUUAUUAUUCUAAGAGCACUGUUCUAUUGUUUCCCAGUUACAAAGUUGAAGCAGCUUUCUUUCUUUUUUAUAUGAAGGUAUUUUUUUGAUAAAAUAUUGAAACUGUAUUUUUAUAUUUGUGAUGUACAUGAAUGCUUGUAACAAUCAUAAUCCUAUUUUACCAAAGAUUGAUUAGAAGUCUAAGGGACUUGGCAUGACACAUGCUGUGUAGCUGUGUAGCCUUGGAUAGUUAAUCAUCAAGCUGUCUAAACCUAAACAAAGUUUCCCCACCUAAUCGGUUCAUUCAUGUGAUGAAAUAUUUAUAUUAUAAUAUUUAUAAACUGAUAAAUAUCAGCUAUUUAACUCCCUUAAUUCCCUGUUAGCAACAUUGUGUGUAUUGGUUUCUACCAUAUUGUAACAUGUACAGCCAAAUAUGUUAAAGUCAGCAAGGACAUCCUAGCUAGAGAACCUUUAAAUUGAAGUCAAAGGUUACACUGAUUUGAUGUAUAUUUACUACGCACUAAGUGUAUUUUCACCUGUUUACUUUCUAGAUAGAUGGAUAGAUGGAUGCAGCCAGCUUUGUUCUUAGAGGCACAUGUCAAUAUACCUGAGAUUAGGACCAUAUACAGAAGGCAGUAUAACAUUGUCUGGGUCAUGCAGUUUUUGCAAGCACUUAAAUGCUUUGUUUUAACCCAGACGAUGAGGGGGGGUUUGCCAGAUAUGACAAACUGAAAGCUGGAACACUGAGAUAUACUUAGGGUUGAAAGUGUUUGUAGGUCAGUUGAGUUUAUUUUGCGUGAAUGUCAACUGAGGUGACACCUAAAUGAAGGAAAUAUGAACAUAUGAAGGAACUAUUUACAAAUACUAUGUACUGUAACCCUGAUUUGUAUGUACUUAUAUCAUCAGGCACUGCAUAUUUUAACCACUCAAAAACCUUAAUUCUGCAGAAUAUUUAUGUCAAAUGUCCUUUAACAUUUUUGCAGCAAAAAUGUGUAUGAUCAAAAAGUAUAUAAAGGGACUGUACGACAAAUUAUUAGGGGGAGGGGGGUCAGAAAAGGGGGAGGUAGUCCGACUUUUUUUUUGGGAGAGCAGGGGAAGGUCUUUUAUUUUUUCCUGUCCUGAAUUUUAUUUCAGCCUUCUUUUGCAAUAUAGUUAAUAAUUAACAAUAUAAAGACAAGAUUUUAAAGGUUUAAAGACAACAUUAAGAAUCCGGAGGAGGGCCUUGCUUUUUGACAAAGUGAAACAUAAGGUUCAACUACCUCAAUCAUUUUCCUACAGUCCCUAAGCUAUGUGUUGGAUAAGGUGGUGUAUUGAAGGAAUCCUAAGAAUUAUUUAGUCCCUCUUCAGCUGUUAUUUGUAAUGUAUAGGGAGCUGCACUUGUGAAACUACUCAGCAUCACUCUCUCGCUGCAGGAAACCAAACAGUUUAAUUAUAUACUAUUUUUGUAGCAAAACAGGGAGCUGGUUAGUUGGAAAGUUGAGAACUUUUAAAAAGUCAAAGGGCAGGAUCCCGCCUGCUCUGUAACUGACCUCUGCUCUCCUUUAUUUUAAUUUUUAAAGCUGCAGUAAGAUAUGGACACAAUAUGGUACUCUGAAUCUGCAUGAGCUAAGGCCUUUUUUCACCAGUUGCUGAAGUCUCUCAUAUUUAUUUAGUUCCUCUUGCCUUCAGUUUGAAAUGCUGUCGAAUGUGUUUUAUAGUUGUGUUGGGGUUAUUUUAUGAGCAUGGUGCUGUGUUUACAGCGGCUUGCACAAAACUUUUAAUGCAUUUAUUAAUGUUGCAUAUUAAAAAGUGAUUUUGUUUUUGUUUGCACAGUGUUGAAGCUAUGCAGACGCUGAUCAAAGGCAGGACUGUUCUCAGUCCCAGCUGGGUCAGCUUUAUCCAGAUAUGAAGCCAUAUUAUUAGUAGUUGAAGGGUCACGACAUUUUUGGCAGCGCUUAGUUUAUGACUAAAGAUGUUCCAGGGGGAACCAAAGAGAAAGAGACAAAUACUGAAGACACAGAGUGAAGGAACAUAGUGACAACUUUUUGUACUGAUUUCUAUGUGUUUCUAUAGAUUUUUAAGUGCUUGUUUCAUUUUGUAAAAAGCAUUGUUAUUUAUGUUUUGACAAUGUGUUGUAAAUGUAUUUUAUUAUAAACACCCUGCUUCCUGUUGCUAAUAAGAUGUAAUGUGGCCCGUCCUGUGUGUUUGGCCAUUUUUUAUGAAUAAAAUACAUAUUUUAAGUGAA